AUGGAGUCUCCGGCACCAGAGACCACUGCGGUGCCCCCAAUCGUCUUCCGAGGCAAGAAACGGAAGUUCUACAGACAACGCGCCGAAGCCGAGGACAACAGAUUGCAAGCGGUCGCACCGUCAGAGCAGGAGACAGCGACACCCCAAACGCAAGGGAGCCCGACCCCAGACACGGUUCCGGCCUCAGGUGAUGGCGCAGCCGAGGAGGGGCUUUCGGUCGCCGAAGCCCUUCGCCUGCGAAACGCGCGAAAGUCGAAACUGCGAGGCGUCAAGUUCAGCGCCGACAAUGCACGCGGCGAUGUGUCGGGGGGCGGUUUCGACGAUGACGACGAGUUGAGUCGCAUGAUACGCGAGGAGCAGAGCCGGGCUCUCGAGCUGUCCUCAUCAGGGGUGAACAAGCGGUUUGCAGCGCAGACGGGAAUGGUCGGCGAGCUGGUGAACAAGCAUAUGGAGGAAUAUAUAGAAGCCGAACUAGCCAAGCGACACUCCUCAGCCACCGCAUCUUCAAGUCAGGCUGCCGUCGGGUCAUCUAGUAGCAGCAACAGUCAAGCGAACAACACGACGAGGACAACUACCGAGCCCACGGGCGUGAAGAAACCGGACAGACAUAUCGCGCUGCAGGGCAAGCUGAUGGAGAUCGACCUCGGUGACGAGGCGCGCAGCCGCAACGAGGCCAUGACGGAGCGCGCGCGCCGGAAACUGCAGGGCGAGGCCAUCGAGGACGAGGAGCAGCAGGUUGCGCGGCCGAAGAAGGUCAGGCUCGGGCGCGACGGCAAGCCCUGGCGGUCGCGGAAUCGGCGCAACAGCGACGCUAUCAAACGGGACCAGUUGGUCGAGGAGAUAUUGCGCGAGAACAGACUGGACGUCUACGAAAUACCGACGCCGCCCUGUGCCGUCACCGCUGGCCCAGACGAGGAAGACGGCGCGGCGGACGACCGUAUCGCGGAGGAGUUCCGCCGCGAGUUCAUGGACGCCAUGGCCCAGCGGCAGCAGAAGAAGAAGGCCCCCGCGCCGCCGGCCAAGCCCGGCGCCAAGAAGGACGAGGAGGUCCUGAAGGGGCCGAAGCUCGGUGGCAGUCGCAAUAUGAGGGCUGCUAUGAGGGAUCUGCUGCUCAAGAAGGAGAGGGAGAGCAAGAAGUAA